AUGAGUGGUGACAAGAAACGACGUGGCGGUAAACAAACUAACCAGCCUGCAUCAGCCACCCCAAAAGACUAUCGGAACGACCACUGUGAGGACGAACCACCACGCAGCCAGCGCCGACGUCAGAGCAAGGGAUCGGCAUACCACAUCCUGCCCGCCUCGCACCAGUUGAGCGCUCGAACACGGGUCGACAGAUCGACACUUAGACGAGCGACACUGACGCCAAACUUGCCGGGCAUAGGUACUCCCCGGGUUAAAAUCAUGAGCGACGUCGCCAAACAGAAAGGAUCGGCGGUGGUUUUUCAGGACACUGGCAGCCCAAAGCAAUCGGUGGUUACGAUAACGGCGAACAAACCGCAACGUCCCUCUGAAGGAGGAGGAAAUGACAUAUUCAAGCAAAUGAGAAUAGAAGCAGCAAAAAAAGCCCGUGAACGGUUCCAGCAUGCUAUCCGCCUUAUUCUCACUCUAAUACGGGUUUUCAACAUGAUACAAUCUAGGGCUGAAAAAGAAGCUCAUUCUAAAGCACAGAUGACAUUUACAGAAAUAGCGGAACAGUUCCAAUCCGAUGAAAUGAAGAAUAGUGGACUGUCGUUUAAUCCAAACGACUUCAAAGCAAAGCGGGAGAUAAAUAUAAGCAGCGAAGUCAAAAAUAUUUUAAGUUUACCAAGUGAGCAGAGAAGUCCGGAACAACUACUGACCGCUCUCUAUGGUCUGCAGACGAUGAAGUCAUUUGCCGAAUAUCCUCUCCAUAUGCAAGAAAAGUUAACCAGAGUCGCAUGGUUUGAAAAUAUACCCCCGCGAAAAGUAAUUAUCCGACAAGGUCAUUAUGCAGAAGCUUUUUAUUUCAUCAUAUCAGGAAGUGCCGUUGUGACGAUUAUGGAGACCAAUCCGGUUACCGGAGAGGCGAAAUUGCGAACGGCGACAGUGCUACGAAAGGGCAGCAGCUUUGGCGAGUUAGCAUUGCUGCACCACAGCGUUCGCACGGCGACAGUGUCAAGCCAGGGACACGUGCAGUUACUCGCCAUCGGCAGGGAAGACUUUUUUGAUAUAUUCAUGAGAGGUCAAAGGCCAGGUGAAGAACCAGAACACAUAACAUUCCUAAGACAAGUAGAAUGCCUUAAAGAUUUUCCGUUUGAGAAGCUAAUGGAACAUCCCGAACGAUGUUUAUUUCAUUUUUACAAACGCGGGCAGAUUAUAGUAAAAGAUAGUAAUUCUUCGGAAUGGCUAUAUGUAGUGAAAUCGGGAACAUGUCAAGUUUUAAAGCAACUGAAAGCUGUGAAACCCGGUGAAUAUCACGCACAUAGGGGUGUUAAACUUCCGCGGAUUGACGACUCUGGUGGUGGCGUCAGCAGAGCAAGACACAGCGAGAGACAGCGAGCUCUGUCUAUGUCGCCAAGAAACCAAAAAGACAGUAUGCUGUCUGAAUUAGAAGAGGCCAGAGACGAGCUACGACCACUACCUAAUCUAUUCUUGACACGAACUCGAACUGCCGACAGCAUCCAGGAAGUAAAUAGACUAACGUCGCCUUCAUCUUCAUCAUCUAGCUCGUCGACGCCAUCACCGACGUCUCCCGUGUCAGAAUUCGAUAUCCGUAAAGGCGCAGUGCUGAUUAAGAAGUCAGUUUCCAAAAGCAAAUAUCGUAAUUUCACAUCAGCGAAAAAAAGUCGUGUUAAAAUAGAUGAGGCGAAUAAUCCAUCCCCUUACAGCAGAAACAAAGAAAACUAUCUCACUCCUCGGCCCAAGGACAAAAAGGAUAAAUCUGUAUUUGUGCAACUGGAGUUACUAUAUCCAAAACACGUGUUCGGUUUAAAUACAUUGAUUUUUGACGAGGACCUUAUAGCCGUUCAGCAAACCAGUGUCCACUUAAUAAGCCGGGGAGCAGAAUGUAUAAUGCUUCACAAAUCGUUCUUCACGAAACACGCAGACGACAAAGUGAGGCGCGCGGUACGUCAAUCUCACCGCCCUUACCCGACCACGGAGACGCUACAAGACCAUCUACAGGACUUCACUAACUGGAAUCAUUUCAAGAAAGAAGCAGUACAUACAAUAGUUUGGGGAAAAUCGUGACAGGCGUGAUAUAGGUGGACAAGGAUAGAUGCUGUCGAUUUGGAACAAUACGAUAGUGUUUACGGAUUAUGAAAUUGGACGAUAAAUUGUAUCGGGUGACGAUUGAGAUUUUAUGUUUGUUUUUGCUGGAAAGUGACAUGCGUGGACAUAGUGUGUGCAUUAUUCAAAUGAUGCACCGUGACGUCAGUUAACUUUAAUAAUUACAGACGCUGUGUUAAAUAUAUACGAGUAUUCAUCUUAUAAGUAUGCGCUCAUGAACGCAUGAGGGCGCAAACUUGUUAUGGGACUUUCAUUUUUUCUGAUAUGUUUCUACGUAUGUGAUAAUCACAUACUGAACAAAAUGAAUUUAAUUUGUGAAAAAAUAUUAAAUUUAUAAUAUUGACAAAUUACCAGUACUACAUGGAGGUCAAUUUUAAGUACGCUAUUUGACAACAACGAGUUUAUCAUUAUUUUAAUGACGUUCAAGAUUAUUGAUUAAUUAAUUGUUUGGUUGAGUAUGCAUGUGUAAUAUGAUAUUGAAAAAUAAAAAAAAAAUAUGUUUAUUAUGUUUUCAAA